UUUACACUCAAUGGCUGCUGCUGUAAUGUGGACUCAUCGUGCACGGAGCGUCACGACCGUUUUGGGCUCUGUGGCAAGAGCCUACACACACGCCGCUUUUAGAUCACACUAUGACGCACUGGUCAUCGGUGGAGGACACAAUGGACUAGUGGCAGCUGCCUACCUUCAGAAGGGAGGUUUGCAGACAGCAGUGCUAGAGCGCAGACAUGUGCUUGGAGGUGCAGCGGUGACAGAGGAGCUCUUCCCCGGUUUCCAAUUCUCCAGAUGUUCCUAUUUGCUCAGCUUAUUACGGCCGCACAUUCACGCGGACUUGGAGCUGAAGAAACAUGGGCUGAAGGUGUAUAUGAGGGAUCCCCAUGCUUUUACUCCAAUGUUGGAGGAGGGGGUAAUGGGCAGGCCACCAAGGUCACUCACACUAGGCUCGGACCUCGCCGAGAAUCAGAAGGAGAUCGGCAAAUUUUCCCAGAAAGAUGCAAAGGCUUUUUCAGAAUUUAUUUUGCACCUUGAGAAGCUAGCAGGCGCUAUCCACCCACUCCUGGAUGCCCCUCCUGUUGACAUUCCAGGGGUUACAACUGGCUCAUUCAAGAGGAGGCUGGCCGCUGCCAAAACACUGAAGCCUGUUGUCAAAUGCGGAUUGAAAUUAGGCCGGAACAUUCCAGAGUUUUACGAAAUCAUAACAGCGCCAAUCAUGAAGAUCUUGAAUCGUUGGUUCGAGUCAGAGCCACUGAAAGCAACCUUGGCUACAGACGGUGUGAUUGGAGCCACGACCAGUCCCUGCAAUCCUGGCAGCGGAUACGUUCUCUUGCAUCACGUGAUGGGAGAGUUAGAAAAAGGAAAAGGUGCCUGGGGUUAUGUGGAAGGCGGAAUGGGAGGUGUGUCGAAGGCUUUAGCCAACGCCGCCCGAUCUUACGGCGCAGACAUUUUCACCGAAAAGGAUGUAGAAAAUAUUGUUGUUGACUCAGAUGGUGCUGCCAGGGGAGUUGUGCUGAAGGAUGGCACAGAGAUUCAUAGUAGAAUAGUUCUUUCAAAUGCCACCCCUCAUGUCACAUUCAAGAACCUCACACCGCAGGGUGCCCUUUCAUCAGAAUUUUUAAAAGCUGUCGAUCAAAUCGAUUACACCUCACCUGUCACCAAGAUUAAUGUGGCAGUGGACAAGCUGCCAAACUUUCGGGCAGCUCCCACACCAGACAACAAACCAGGACCUCAUCAUCAGUGCUCCAUUCACAUCAACUGUGAGAGUGUGGACAUCCUGGAGGCGGCCUAUAUGGACGUUAUGAAUGGACGCCCCUCGACGAGGCCUAUGAUUGAAAUGACCAUCCCGUCUGUGUUGGACCCAACUUUGGCGCCCUCUGGCAGCCAUGUUGUUUCACUGUUCACACAGUUCACCCCCUUCCACAUUGAGGGAAGAGAGUGGACUGAGCAGGACAAGGAGGCCUAUGCAGAUAACGUUUUUGACUGGGUGGAGAAAUAUGCCCCUGGAUUCAGACAGUCGGUGGUGGGCAGGGACAUCCUAACUCCCCCUGACCUGGAGCGUAUUUUUGGGCUCACCGGAGGGAAUAUCUUUCAUGGAUCAAUGUCGCUGGACCAGCUGUACCUCGCGCGACCAUUGCCCUCACUCUCAGACUACCGUACGCCAAUUAAAGGCCUGUAUCUUUGUGGCAGUGGCAGUCAUCCAGGGGGAGGUGUCAUGGGAUCUCCUGGAUGGAAUGCUGCACUGACCGCCAUGGCUGACCUGAAACGCCGCUGACUGAUAAAAUAUCACAGUGUGCAGUAAAAACACUCGACAUUUCUAUCUGAUCAGAUGUGAAGCCAUGCACACUUUAUUGAUGGCCAUUUUAAUUGCAUGCAAUUAUAAAAAUCUGUGAAUAGGCGAAUCAGCAGGCAAACUUGGGUCCACUGCAAUAUUAAUUGCAUAUUAAUGCUAAAGGCUCACUUGUGAGAUGAUUCCAAGUAAAACAGUGCAAUGUUACGACACACAUAUUUGGCUUUUUAAAAUGUGUGAAUUUAUAUAUGUAAUGCAUCCUUGAUACUGUACUGUAAACGGGAAACUGGUACAACAUACUUUGCUAUAAUUGCCAAAUAUGUUGUUUUUUAAUGUGAAAUCAAGUAAAUAAACCCGAAUGGAAUUGAAGCAAAUCUCACCCUCGUGCAAGGAAAUAUAAGCUAUAAGGUCAUUAACACUGACCUAUACAAUGUAUUUGUUGGACUAAGUUCAUCUUGUUUUUCCUUUUUAAUCACUUCACUGGUUUUUAUGUCAAACAAAUUAUUUUAGGUGCCUGACGUCAGAGAAUGUUCUUAUUCAUCGGUUCCAUGGUGUAAUGGUUAGCACUCUGGACUUUGAAUCCAGUGAUCCGAGUUCAAAUCUCGGUGGAGCCUCAGCUAUUAUGGUGACCUUGGUUGUCUUUGGUCACUUGACUUUUGAGUAUUUGCUGAUACGCAAGCAAUACAUUAAGAUUCUAUGCAUACUUUCUCAUAAUUGCCAAAUAUGUUUUUUUUUAAUGGGAAAUCAAGUAAAUAAACCCGAAAGGAAGUGAAGCAGAUCUCGCCCUUGUGCAAGGAAAUACGUAUAACCGAUACGGUCAUUAACACUGACCUAUACAAAUUGUCUUUCUAUCGGUUCCAUGGUGUAAUGGUUAGCACUCUGGACUUUGAAUCCAGUGAUCUGAGUUCAAAUCUCAGUGGAACCUCGACCUUGGUUGUCUUUGGUCACUUUAGUUUGGAGUAUUUGUUGAUACGCAAGCAACACAUUAAAAAUCUAUGCAUACUUUCUCAUAAUUGCCAAAUAUGUUGAAUAUUUUAAUGUGAAAUCAAAUAAAUAAACCCGAAUGGAAUUGAAGCAGAACUCGCCCUUGUGCGAGGAAAUAUAAGCGAUAAGGUCAGUAACACUGACCUAGACAAUGCACUUAUUUGUCGGUUCCAUGGUGUAAUGGUUAGCACUCUGGACUUUGAAUCCAGUGAUCCGAGUUCAAAUCUCGGUGGAGCCUCAGUUAUUAUGGUGACCAUGUUGUCUUUGGUCACUUGACUUUGGAGUAUUUGUUGAUACCCAAGCAACACAUUAAAAAUCUAUACUGACCUUCUCAUAAUUGCUAUAUACAUAUCUUUUUUUAAAAAUGUGAUAUCAAGUAAAUAAACCCGAAAGGAAGUGAAGCAGAUCUCGCCCUUUUGCAAGGAAAUAUAAGCGAUAAUGUCAUUAACACUGACGUCUACAAGAUUGUAUUUCUCGGUUCCAUGGUGUAAUCGUUAGCACUCUGGACUCUGAAUCCAGCGAUCUGAGUUCAAAUCUCAGUGGGACCUUAUUUCUAAGAUGGUGAUCCUGCUGCUCUUUAUUGCUAUUGGUCAGUUAAUUUUUGAGUAUUUGUUCAUACCCAAGCAACACAUUAAAAAUCUAUACAUACUUUCUCAUAAUUGCCAAAUAUGUUGUUUUUUAAUGUGAAAUCAAGUAAAUAAACCCGAAAGGAAGUGAAGCAAAUCUCGCCCUUGUGUAAGGAAAUAUACAAGGUGUUGCCCUAUUGGUUCCAUGGUGUAAUGGUUAGCACUCUGGACUUUGAAUCCAGUGAUCCGAGUUCAAAUCUCGGUGGAACCUCAGCUAGAAUGGUGACCGUGCUGCUCUUGGUUGG